ACUCAGCUCAGGCGUUUUGUUAGGAUGUGGUGGUUCAGCCUCAUCACGACGGCACACGCUGGGGGGGCCACGAAGGGCCAGGGAGGAUGGAGACAGAGAGAGAGAGAGAGAGACAGAGAGCAGACACAAUGGGAAGUGGCCGAGCAGAGCGCCAAGGCACUUGUCCACUCGCAGUGGGCGAGACCGCACCGCCACUUCGCCUUCCGCCCGCAGCUCACAGAGCCACACGCAGCCUUGCCGCACCCAAGCAGGAGGCAGCAGGCAUGCCCAUCAGUGCACAGUGAGUUUCACAUGCAAGAAGGCGGGGACUGGGAAGGAGAACGCAAUCGUAGCAUAGUUAUUGUGAAUCAGCACAGCUCGUGGAGUAAUGCAUCACACCACUGUGCAGCCAUGUCAAUGGAGGCAUUCCCUGCCAGAGAGGGGCGCUACCAAGCUUGGCCCGCACCGCAUCAGCCCAAGACAGCAGUCGGCCCCUCCGGUUAUCCCACACAACCACCGAAUCAGCACGGCGUGAGCAACAGCGGUGAGGGACGUAAGCGAGAAAGCAAAGACGACUGGAAUACGAAAAGGGCGUCACCACCACGUAUUUCCCUUGAUGUAGAAAGCAGUGGCUUCAGCAAUCCCGUGUCAGCCACAAGAUGUCCUACAAGCCGCCGUUGGGUCAACCACAGGCUGUCACGCCAGGAGCUCCCAUGCACAGCCUCUUCACCCAGAAGGACUCCACGUGCUGCGACGUUGUUCACACCCCCUUAUCCAUUCACAAGCGUCACUCCAGUCGUUUGUGAGAAGCCACGCUCCUCCCACCGGAACAGGUGUUGGCUGCUCCUCAAUAGGCAGGACAUGCAUGCAUAUCAUCGCCUCCCUCGCGAGGGACAUCAGUGGCACCCAACUCUCUCAGCAGCACACUCCCUGCAGAAGGAACGAGGGUGCCCGUAG